UAAGCAACCGCUCAAGAACCCGCCCCGCGACUCCCGUAUUUGGGCUGCCCGGCCGAACGCCUGAAGGAGCGGAAGGACCUCACCGGGCUACCUAGCGCAGUGCCUGACGGCCCGGCGCCGCCGCAGGGAAGAGCCCGGAAGUGACAUGAGCACCGUCUUGCGAAGCCCCCGGGCUCUCCAGCUCACGCUGGCCUUGCUCAAACCUGAUGUAGUUGCUCAUCCACUGAUUCUGGAGGCUAUUCAUCAGCAGAUUCUGAACAACAAGUUCCUGAUUGUACGAAUGAAAGAACUAUUAUGGAAAAGGGAAGAUUGCCAGAGGUUUUACCAAGACUUUGCAGGGCGGUUUUUCUAUCAGCGGCUGGUAGAGUUCAUGGCCAGUGGGCCAAUCCGAGCCUACAUCCUCGCCCACAAAGAUGCCAUCCAGCUCUGGAGGACACUGAUGGGACCCACCAGAGUGUUUCGAGCACGCUAUACAGCCCCAGAUUCUAUCCGUGGGAGUUUUGGCCUCACCGAUACCCGCAACACCACCCACGGCUCCGACUCUGCACUUUCAGCCAGCAGAGAGAUCGCGGCCUUCUUCCCGGAGUUCAGCGAAGCACGUUGGUAUGAGGAGGAGGAGCCGCGGCUGCGCUCUAGUGCAGAGGGAGUUAGGCCCUGUACCACUGAUGCAGGAUUCCUAGGACCAGCCUGAGACUUGUCACGCUCUAAAAAGCCUUUUCAC